UUAUACGUUGAGAUAAUAUAGGAACUAAACACCACUAAUUUCUCUAACAAGACAUUUUAAUAAAUCUUUAACUACAAAAGACUUGCGUCUCUUUUCUCAAUGAGAGAAGAAAGAAAACGAGAUAGCAGCAGAGAUGGAAAAGAGAGGUGUGCCUCUGAGAUCAAUCAUCUCACAUUCUCUCUGGAUAACCUUAGUUGGAAUCCUUCUCUUCAGUCUCUCAACCACGAGAAGACACAACUUUGGUUACACGAAAUUCUUUUCGAUAUGCGGAACGUUACUCAUGACUUUGCCUUGGAUAAUCCAACUUCUUGUAACCUCUUCUGUCAUAUUACUGCAUAAGAGUACAUGUUACAACCUCAUGUGGAUUGUCCGGCCGCCAAAAUCAUCUGAAGAGAAUCAUCAUCCCACUAAUGUCGUCACUAUCUCUUCUUCUUCUUCUCCAUCAUCUCCUCUCCCGUCUGGCCAUGUUCUGAAGAAAGAUGAUGCUGGUGAGAUCGAGAUUAGGAUUGUGAUUCCAAGAAGUCCACAGUCAACUCAUCUGGAGAUUGAAGGAAGAAACAACUCCAAACUUCUACCAAAUGGAUCACCACCUGUUUCUUAAAUGUGACUAGUACUCUGUUCUUGUUCUUUCAUUUAUGUUUUUCUUUAAAAGACUAUGGUCUGAAACUUGUAGUGCUUACAAGUUUUGUGAUAUUUCCGUUGUGAGUUUCCAUUAGUAAUGAAUCAGAUUGCUAUUUUAUAAC